AAUGGUAAUGGACAAAGCACAACGAUCUCCUUCAUGGUAUUUUCUCUUAUGGGCUGGGUCAGGUGAUACCUGUUGCCAGGUGUACGGAUGUGUAGCACAUUGGCUAUAUGACGCCACUGCCAUUUAUUUUAGUAAACCUAGAUGUACACAUUACUGAUUUAGUUUUGCGUUAAUAAGAUCUGAGAGCGGUCAAACGGAGCCGUUGGUGACAUGUUUACAGGUAUCCGCGACUUCACAAACCUUCAUUCAUCCCAGACUCACAACUCGGUGCAGAAGAUAAAUAUAUUGUGUCGUUUCCAGGCAGCGGAACAGUGGGUCUGAUGGACCAGGUUUCCCGGUCAGGGGUUGGCAGUGACAUCACAGACGAGACCGCCUCCAUGGGGGAGUACAGGUGGAGCUCUGAGGAACAUGAGAUGUCUGACCCUCAGGGCCAGUGUCUGGCCACCCCCCAAGCCCUGCCUGCCCCCACCUACAAACAGAGAGUUGAGGAGUUCAAGAAGCUGUUCAAAGAACUGCCUGAGUCAGAGAGACUCAUCAUGGACUAUACCUGUGCCCUCCAGAGAGACAUCCUACUGCAGGGACGCCUCUACCUGUCAGAGAACUGGCUCUGUUUCUAUAGCAAUGUGUUUCGGGGGACAAAGAUCGCCUUGACUCUGAGGGACAUCAAGGCCAUGUACAGAGAGAAGACAGCACGGCUGAUCCCCAACGCCAUACAGAUCUGCACAGACUCAGAGAAGUUGUUCUUCACUUCCUUCUCAGCCAGAGAGAAGAGUUACCAGGGAGUGUUCCGGAUGUGGCAGAACACACUGAUGGACAAGCCACUGUGUAGUUUGGCGCUGUGGCAGAUGGUCAAGCAGCACUAUGGCAAUGACCUGGGCCUGAGGAUUGUAGCGAGAGAAAGUCUACAGACAUCAGCAGAAUCAACCACGCAGAAACACACCAGCAUGACCGUGAGGCCUGGUGGAGAGGACUUUGGGAGGCCGUCUACUCUGCGCCUCCAGCCGGGGGAACAGGGCUCCUGUGAGCCCACUGCGCCCCAGGGAGAGGACCUACCCUCACCCCUCGGACAGAGCUCUAUCAACUCAGGAAACACGGAUGAUGCUUGCAGCACCUCGUCUCGGUGCACUCCUGACCCGUCCCUGGACCGCUCUGCCCCGGAGAGGGUCUCCAAGCGCUCUGAGCUCUCUCUGGACCUUAACUCGAACUUGGACCGCUUCUCUGAACAGAGCGGCUCGGAGAGUGCAGAGGAGGAGGAGAGGGGGAGUGUCUCCCAGCAGCAUGGCAGGCUCUAUGUGAACACGGUCUUCAACAUCAGUGCAGAAAAGAUGUUUGAACUGCUCUUUACCGAAUCUCACUUCAUACGAAGAUUCAUGAACGCCAGGAAGAUCACCAAUGCCAUCCUUACACGGUGGCAGAGUGACGCGUCUGGCUCCAUGAAGAGGAGUCUCAACUACACCAUCACCAUCACCAACCCUCUGGUGGGCAAGUUCUCCACCGCCACGGAGAACCAGAUCCUGUACAAGGAGUUCAGGGAAGGUCAGUACUAUCUCGUCGACUCGGAGGUCUACACACACGACGUCCCGUACCACGACUACUUCUACACUCAGAACCGCUACUGUAUCAUCCGCCAUUCCAAACGCAAAUGUCGACUCAGGGUGUACACUGAUGUGAAGUAUAAGAAGCAGCCGUGGGGGCUGGUCAAGUCCUUCAUCACCAAGAACUCCUGGAGUGGCCUGGAGGACUACUUCAGACACCUCGAAUCUGAGCUGAUGGAAGAGGAGGCGGAGCUGAACCAGGGAUGCGGAGACCCCGGUAAGAUGAUUGGCGGGUUGCAUCAUUGGCGGAGGAGGACGUUCAGUCGGACACUACAGGAGCACCUGAAGCCCAGCAAGCAAUACGAGCCUGACCUAGACCCUCACAGAGAGGGCAAGACGGAUCCCAUAGAUAUGAAGGGUCCACCUCGAUGGAACAUCUCUACCAUCAUAGCUGGGAUGAGCAUCAUUCUGCUGAUCCUAACAGUACUGAACCUGGGGCUGUUCUUUAAGCUGUGGGCCAUGGAGGAUGUGGCCAACCGCAUGUACCUGAGCACCAAGCACCACCUCCGGGAGAGGACCGAGAGCAGUUUUGCCGCUGACUUCUUUCCUGAACCGGCCCCAACAUACAGGACCAGAGAGGAGACUUUGCUGCUGAAAGCAGUGCUGCAGGACUCUAUCAAGCUAUUGGAGCAGCUCCGCAGUUCUCUGUCGCUGCUUCAGCAGAAAUUUGUAACCAACAGAACAGCAAUUCUGCAGUGACACCGUCACACCUGGCGACCUCACUACGCCCUCUGAAGCCUGGGGUUGUAAAGGCUACAGGGACACGCCUCUGAGGACUCUCUCGUAACCAGGGGUGUUGCUAAAGGGACAACUCAUGCACAGACUUGUUACUAAGAGCAACAAUGGUUCAAGUCCCAGGGCCUUUAAUAGUGUGGUACCAGGUAGAUGGAUGUUUUAAUUUUUAUUUAACUAGGCAAGUCAGUCAAGAACAAAUUCUUAUUAAAGUUCAACUGUCGGCACUGCGCUGUGGAGGAAGAAAAUGGUUCCCAACCAUCAGCAACACUGGGAGAUGACUGGGGUUUAUGUGGGGUUCUGUUUUCAGUUUGGUAGUUCUUUAUUCUUCCUUAAUGUUGGUGCUGGGUUUAUUGUGAUUAAGUUAAAGUUCUACUGCAUGCCUCACUGUGUACUGCCUACCCCUUUGAUUGACAAGCCAAUCACAGAAGAUGUGAGCCAAUGGCGUGAUGAGCGCAGCAGAUGAGAAACAAUGUUUUGAUAGAAAUGAAUGCCAAUGUAAGGAAUCCAUAAAAUAUUUUUACUUUUUGCACAGUGCCUUGUGUACUUUUUAUGGUUUUUAGAUUCAUUUAGAUUAUUUCUUUUCAAUUAGAAGGCUUUUAGAAAGUAAUUUUUAUAAUUUAUUUGGAUGCCCAUGGGUUUCUGCUAUUGUGAAAAUGUGAAUAAGUAUGCAGUUGAGAAAAAAAGAAAUGUUAGCCUUGGAUGGUUUGUGAUUUUUCAGCUGGUUUGUAGAUGUACAGCAGACCUCAAUAUCAGGGUUGUGUUCAGAAGGGUGCAAUGUUCUGAACGCUGUAGAUAUAAAUGUAUUUUAUAGACCUGUCAUGAAACCUUAUUCUACAUGAGAUGUUCUACAUAAUAUAUGUGUAUCUGUAACAUUGCUCCCCACUGAACGUGACCCAGGUGAACUUUCUCAGGAGCAUUUGGUUAGAACCAAAACAUCCCGAUGUGAAUAAUACUGAUUACAUUUUGUUAAUCUUGAUCGCUGUCCCAUGUAGGCUAAGCUAUAGGGUUAGUGGCUGUUAUGUAAUUAAUAUUCCAUCCACAUGCCACACCCAUUCAAGAAGCCACAGCACUAAAACGUUGCACUGCUGUUGUGUAUGUCCACUAUAAGAAUGUGACCACCACAAGUUUAGUCUGGACUCUGAGUUGAAUCCACACUAGUGCCUUGUUAACUUUCUUUGAAUUGUUAUUAUUGUAAAUGACAAUUUACAACGACAAAUGUUAAUUUUGUGCAGCAUAUACAACUAAUUUCUGUGUGUGUGGCGGAACAGCUUCAGACUGUAUGUAACACCCAUCCUUAUUUUUUAAAUAAAAGCACAGGAAUCUUCCUACCGUUGUUACAUGGAAUCAAUGUGAACCAUUGGAUGUGAAUAGUUUACACACACACACACACACACAUUGUAUAAUUUGUUUUCUAUUUGUUGGCUAUUUUGUACAGUUGUUAGACAAAGAUGUAAUGUAUUGUUGCUUUGAAUAAAGAAACACUUUCCAGCCA